AUGGAGGAGCAGGUGAAGCGAUACAGAUCGUUAGGCCACACAGUCAAUCUUGUCACUUCAGAAGACAGAAGUUAUCCAGCCUCUGUAAUCGCCUUUACCGACGAUGACUUGCAAGGAGUGCACCUACCCCAUGACAAUCCUCUCGUCAUUUCGCUACAGGUCGACCAUUGCCAGUUGGGUAGAGUUCUAGUCGACGGGGGCAGUGGGGUUGACAUCCUCUUCUGGGAAGCCUUCCAGAAGAUGGGGCUAGAGGAGAAUCAGAUCCGACCCUCUACUACCCCCAUCUUGGGAUUUAACAGCCAGAGAGUAUACCCAAAAGGCCUCGUGCGAUUAACUGUGGUGGUCGCAGAGCGUACCCUACCAGUAGAUUUCCUCACUAUAGAUUCCAUCACAAGCUACAACGCCAUCAUGGGGAGAAAUUGGAUCCACAGGAUGCAAGGGGUAGUUUCGACUUUGCAUCAGCUUCCCACCCGUCAAGCAGAAGUAGAGGAGGUUCGCUCCCGAAGUAAACCAGGUCAUCCAAGAGGAGGUGCAACGGCUCCUGAGCACAGGGAAAUUGAAGAAUGCCUAUAUCCCAGUUGGCUUGCCAACCUUGUCGGGGUCCUGAAGAAGAACGAAAAAAAGAGAGUAUGCAUAGACUACACCAACUUAAAUAAAGCAUGUCCAAAGGAUAGCUACCCUCUACCGAAAAUCGAUCAGAUGAUAGACACCACGGCAGGGUAUGAAAGAAUGAGCUUCCUCGAUGCCUACUCUGGAUACAAUCAGAUCCCAAUGAAAUCAGAAGAUCGGAUUCACACAGCUUUCAUAACCGAAGGUGGAUUAUAUUGCUACAAAGUUAUGCCCUUCGGACUAAAGAAUGCAGGUGCAACAUACCAAAGGCUGAUGCACAAAUUGUUUUCCUCAUUGCUUGGGAGAAACAUGGAGGUCUAUAUUGACGACGUGGUCAUUAAGUCUAAACAAAGCUCUUCACAUAUAGGCGAUUUGACCGAGUGCUUCGACAUUCUCGACAAUUACAAAAUGAAACUGAACCCCUCUAAAUGCGCCUUUGGGGUGUCCUCUGGACAGUUCUUAGGGUACGUGGUCAGUCAGAGGGGCAUCGAGGCCAACCCAACACAGAUUGCGUUCCUCUCAGAAGUCAAAGAACCCAGAACCAUCCGAGACAUACAGGCUCUGACGGGCAAAACCGUAGCAUUAAGCCGGUUCAUAUCACGCAUGUCCAACCGUUGCCAGCCCUUCUUGCAAUGCAUAAAGAAAUCUACCAACACCACCUGGGGAGUAGAACAAAGUAAAGCUUAUUUGAGUUCCCCUCCUAUAUUGAGCUCCCCCAUCGCCAAGGAAGAUCUAUUCUUGUUUCUGUCUGUCUCACACUUCGUUAUGAGUUCCGUUCUCUUCCGGGAAGAGGCUAGUCGUCAGAGGCCAGUGUUUUAUUGCAUCAAGAUGCUUCUGGAUGCUGAAACUCGCUACAGUAUGAUGGAAAAAUUGGCACUCGCACUCAUCACAGCAAAGAAGAAGUUACAACAAUAUUUUGAAAGUCACACCAUCAUUGUAUAUACAGACUAUCCACUGAAGCAAGUAUUGAGUAAACUCGAUCUCUUUGGAAGAAGCAUACGUCAUGGUCAGCAAAACAGACACUAUGACCUUCAUAUGGAAGCACAUCAUCUGUCAAUUUGGGAUACCGUGGGAGAUAGUCGCUGCAACGGAACCCCAUUCCAAAAUGCCAAAGUACAAGAACUAUGUGACACAUACAAGAUCAAGUCGAGUUUUGCCUCUGUCACUUACCCGCAAGGCAAUGGUCAAGCAGAAGCUUCCAAUAAAGUCAUUUUUGCCAACAUUAAAAAGAACCUGGAAGAUAAAAAAGGAGCAUGGGCAGAGGAACUACCGAAGGUGUUAUGGGCAUAUAGGACAACAAAAAGGUCCUCUACGGGUGAAUCUCCCUAUGCCAUGGUAUAUGGAACAGAAGCUAUCAUCCUGACAGAAGUGGGCCUGCCUACACUUCGAACAAAGAUCGCCUCUGAUCAAACCACAAACAACAUUCAACUAGUGCAUAACCUAGACCUUCUGGAAGAAGUACGUAUGAUAGCACAAUUACGACGAGAAAAUUAUCAAAAGGCUGCAGAACGCUACUACAAAAAAAGAGUCCACUCGUGCACAUUUCAGAAAGGUGAUUGGGUUCUGCGCAAGGUCACCGACAACAAAAAGAAGCUAGAACCAAAUUGGGAGGGCCUUUUGAAAUCAUAG